GAAAGAGAAUGGUUUUACAGGAUGCCGGGAAAGCAUAACUACUCAAUUUUGCUUCAAAGCUGGAUGGUGAUUUUAACUCCAUAAUAACCUGUGCUAAUUUAUGUAUAACCUUGCAUCUACUGGGAUGUGAACCUGUAAACUCCUGUGGGGAGAGAGGUUUUAAUUUCUUGCAGUUUCUCAGGAGCAUCUAAGACCCUCAAAAGGCUAUAGCAACAGGCGGGGUGAAAGAAGAAAUGCCAGUUUUACAGCCAGAGAACCUCGUUUCCAGUAAUUCUGGACUUGGCUUUACUCACCUAUACAGGAGGUUGAUGAAAGUAACACCUACUUCACAGGGUUGGUGUAGGGAUUGGUGAAAUAAUGUCUGGGAAUGCACUUCGGAGCCCUAGACAAAUGUUGGUCAUUAUAUUGUUAAUAAUGUCUUACAUUUUAUUAAGCGCAUUAUAUUGUCUUCCACACAGAUCAACGAGGCAGGCAAAGGAGGCAGUGUAAUUUUUUCCCAUUUUACGGAUGAAGAAACCGAAAUUCAAGUGAUUUGCUCAAGUUCACACAGCUGUUUAGGGUCAGCCAAGUCCAAGUUAAACAACAUAAUGUAAAUAUGUACCCAAAGGCUAAGCGCCCUCCCUUCCUCCCUCUCUCCUGAGUUUCGGGUUGAAAUACCCAGCUCACGCAAGCCAAAAUAUUUAAGGGUCCUGGCCCAUCCUUCCCAACCAGGCACAGCAGUGACAGCUGCCCCGUGUACCAGACCUGACUGAGGGAUGGCGAGGCUGCAGGGAGGGGCUUCCCGCUCUGAGGCCCCGCCUUCUGGUGGCCCCAGCAGGAAAGCGCCGGCGGCAACGGGUCUCCGUAGCCGGCGAUGGAAAUCCCCAGGUCGGUGCGGGCCAGUGGGAACUGGCUGGCACUCCUACUCCCUGCUGAGGCCCAGGCGCGCGCCCGGCGGGGUGGAGGGUCCCGGGGUUUGCGCACCUGUGGCCUGGUCGGCCGCCCCGCCAGCUUUCUGCCUACUCUUGCCGUCCAAGGCUUCCUUCCUCUCCAACUCCCCUUUUUGGGGUGUGGGUAUUUGUUUUAACCCAACCAGCCCCUUUGCGCGUCUCUACAGGCCCAGGGCUCAAACUGCGCCUCUGGGGUUCCUGGCGCGCGGCGAUCAGGGGCCAUGGAAAGGCCAGAGGAGGGCCCAACCCAGACGUUUGUUUUCAUCUUCUCCGAGGCGGAUCUCGCAGGCCAGAGAAGUGGGUCCCGCUUACCGCGGGGCUGUUACCAAAAAAGGCCUUUCUCUCGCUGGAGCGCUUGGCGGCGCGCGUUGCAGCGGGGUGACGCGAGGUUCAGCCCGGGCCUCCUCGAAGGUUGAGCCAGCUGACUGCAGGGAUGCCAGGCCAAGAGUACCCCCCGCCCCCCCCACACCCACCCGCCCCGUCUCUGCCACAAAACGGCGGGGGCAGAAGACUGCAGGGAGCUUCGAAGUGCGCGCCUAGCGACCUUCUCACCACUAGUAACCUUGGGCUGUGGUGCUCCGGAAAGGCCAGGUGGAAAGCUGACCUUUUGCUCCAGUUUACAGCAGGGUUCUCUGAGGAUGCCAGCCCAGAUGGCAAGCUGGGUGGGGAAAGCGACAUAGGAAGGAACUUUGGGAAGACGAUGUCGCCGUUUGGCGCCCGGCUCUGCUAGUCUCUGCUUGUGUCCCAGACCCCAUGGACAGAGUUCUGUGAGUCUCUGCACCUGGCAGUUUACGUUGAGGCUCCUCCACCUCCACCAACCCCCUCCCAAAUCCUUUCCAGUUCCUUUCCACUGUUGUCAUAGUUUUGUUGCACGGGACUCUUCUUCGGGGAGAAAACCCACCUCCAGAACAUUGGAGUUCUUGCCUCUCACCGUCUCUCACACAUCCUCAAACGGCCAUCUCAGACAGGCAACAUGAGAUACCACAAAU